UGCGGCACAGCCUUGCGGUACAGCCGUGGACUGCGCUCCACCCUCGGCUUUUGCUGCCUGUGACGACAGCUGGGGUGCGGUGGCCGCCCUUCGCCGCUGUGCAGGACUGCCUCGCUCCCCCACUCCGAGUUCCACGAAAGGUGAAAAGAUGAUGCACAGCCCUUAUUUUGGGUCUGCGAAGAGACAUGAGACUCGCUCUGCCACGGGAGUUUCAGCAAAAGUUCAAGCCUCGAGUGGGAGUGUGCUUCACAGUCCACGUCCUCAAGACUCCCCAGUGGAUGGGAAGGCUGGAAAGCAUCGCCCAUCUCAUGGAUGCGUUGCCGGUGGUGACAUGGACAGUCAGCCCUUGGCAGGCAUGACGUGGGAGCGAAACAAAGUGAGAUUGGAUCCAGAGUUACUCUUAUUGGCAGAGUCUGGGUCAGCGAUUCACAUCCGAGGAGAUGGGCUGGCUUGUGACUACACCCGGGCCUUCAGAAGAGCUGAGGCCGACAGGCUCUUGGAGGAGUGUGAAAAGCAGAUUGAGUACAUGGCAGACGAGGACGCGCGGGUGCGUGUAUUUGGAGCGUGGCACUCCCUCCCGCGUCAGCAAUCCGCUUACGGGGACCCCGGAGUCACGUACCGCUACUCUGGGUCAACGCUUCUAGCCCGGCCCUGGUGCCCAGUGCUGGAGGAGAUCCGAGAGCACAUUGAGAGCCUCACUGAGCAACCCUACAACUUUGUUCUUGUCAACAGGUACCGUGAUGGAAGAGACCACAUGGGGGAACACCGCGACGAUGAAAAGGACCUCGUCCGUGGCUCGGCCAUUGCGUCCGUGUCGCUGGGCGCAUGCAGGGACUUCUGCUUCCGACGUCGGCCGCGCGGAGGCAGGCGAUCGGUGAACGCCAAACCACGGGAGAGCCGCGGCUGUUGUCGUGAUGCGAGCAGAGGCAGUGAAAGCAGCACGGAGGAUUUGUCAUCAUCUGGCACUUGGAGCAGUCGCACUGUUCACAAUGGUGGCAGUGAUGAUCAGGAUACUGAGCAAAUGUGUGAAACGAGCAGUAUGAUCCAUUCAAAGUUGCCCAAACUUGACAACCGGAGUGGCGCCUUUGAGAAUGACUCUGUAACAAGCAAAAUGCUUUCAACGUGUCAGUCAUCUGCCAGCAAGUUGAAAUGCACAAGUAAAAGAUGUGCAAACGACAUCGCCAUCACCGUGUCAGGAGACAGGCUGGUGAUGCCGCUGGAGCAUGGCAGUGUCCUGGUAAUGAAAUGGCCGACAAACGAGGUGUGGUGUCAUGCACUCCCUCCACGACGCAGAGAUAAAAGCAUACGCGUUAACCUCACAUUCCGCCUCAUCCACACAGGAGUGUGAAGACACAUUACCAGGACACUGCUGUGUUUCCGUGGUAUCGCUUUCACCGAUAUGUCAACAAAAAUAAUCACAAUUAUUAACCAAAUAAAAAUAAUAUAAUAUGCUUUUUACUUUUGGUUCUUUUGGUAAAGUUACGUAGAAAGAAAAUAAAUUAAAUAAUAGAAUACGAUGUUUCGAUUGCAAUACACGCAAUCGUCAUCAGGUACGAAUGAAUGAGAAAAACAAACCUAGUCAACUUAGAAAUAUAAUGCAAUACAACACAGACAGUCGGCUAACAUAACAGUCAACACCCUACCUGGUUGAUUAUAUUCUUCCAAAGAUUGCUACAUUUGAGAGAGAGACAACACAGACACGAAGACACAUAGACAGACAUAAGCAGAGAGACAACACAGACACAGGGAGACACAUACGCACAAAGAAACAACGCCUCUGUAUCGAGGCCUUAGAGAGAGAGGGGGGCGGAGAGAGAGGGGGGUGGUAGAGAAAUUAGCUUGUCAAUGAGAGAUUUGGAUCUUUCGUGACUGCAAGAAUUACUAGAGAGACAACACAGAUAGAGAAAACAAACUUAAUAAAACAAAAUAAAUACCUGGAGCCCUCACAACAUUGGCUCCCGCUUCCCCCGGCGUGACCAUACACCAUCAGUUCCCCACACUGACUGUCCAAUACUGUCUGAAUAUAUAUCUGGAUGGCUUCCCCGAGCGUGGCCCCACCCUGCCUCUUGCAUGUCACUUCCUCUGACUCUCCCGAUGGCACCCGAGCCAGCGUGACAGGCCCCUCGAGUCCCCAUCGGCAGGUAAGUGCAGGUAAGGGAGUGCGUCUCACAACAGUCAUACCCCAGGGACGCCAUUUACGUCCCUACAUAGGUAAAGGGGGGAG